AUGAAAAAAGAAAUGGAUAAUUUAGAAAAUCAUAAUAAUAAAAAAUAUGAGUAUCUAAAUAAUGAUUAUGAUACUAUUUAUGAAGUAGAUAAAGAAAGGGAAUUAUUAACUAAAAAUUAUAAUACAGAAUUAGAUUAUAAUUAUGAAAAUAAUUUAAUAAAUGAAAAUGAUAAUAAUUUAAAUGAUUAUGCAAAUAUAAAUGAUUUUCACUAUAUUAAAAAUGAUAAUAAAAAUAAUAUGAAUUUAGAAAAAAUAAAAUUAAUUAACGAUAAUAAUAAACAAUUAGAAGAAAUAAAUAAGGAUUAUGAUAAUAUAAAUAUUAAUUUUGAUAGCAACGAAGAAUGUUCUGAAACUCAUUAUGAUUUUGAAAAUAAAUAUAAUGAUGAUAAAAAUUCUGAGAGUAACAUUCUAAUUGAGUCAGGGGAUAUAAUACCUUCUGAAAGGUCCCAUAUAAGAACAAAAGUAUUGGUGGCAGGAAAAAUAGCGUUAAUACUAUUUUUAUUUUUAUUAAUUAUUUUUGCAUUCACAAAAUUUAAAAAGUUUCUUAUAUUAAUGCAUAUAGUUAUUGAAUGGGUAGGUAAACAAGGAUCAUGGAGUAUUGUUUUAUUUAUAUUAUUGUUUACCUUUUUAUCUCCAUUAUUUAUGUCAGUAGAAAUUAUGUGUAUUGGAUCUGGAUUAAUAUUCUCAGGUGUAUAUGGGAAAGUUCUAGGAGUAGUUAUAGCUGUUUUUUCAGUUGCAGUUGGUUAUGUUUUAGGAAUGUCUUUAUGUUUUUUUAUAUCAAGAUAUCUUAUUCAUAACUAUAUUUAUAAAAAAUUAAUGGUCUAUCCUAUAUAUUUAGCAUUUAAUCAAGCAAUUAACUCAAACGGACUGUCGUUCGUUCUGUUAAUUCGUUUAUCACCAAUAUUACCUGCAUCAUUAGUUAGCUAUAUACUAGGAGUAACAUCCUUAAAGUAUAAAGAUUUUGCCAUUGGAUCCGUUUCUGCUUUACCAAGUAUUUUUCUUUUUGUAUACAUUGGUGCUUUACUACAAGACAUAUCUAAUUUAUCAGAAUUAGAAAAUCAUUGGAGCAAUUUAGUCAUUCUAUUUAUUGGCUUUAUUAUUGGCGUAGUUGCAAUUAUAUAUAUAACAAUUAUUACAAAGAGAAGAUUAAACAAUUUAAAUAUUAUGAAUACUUCAUUAUCUACAACAAAUGUAGAUAUUGAAUAA